CAUUCUCACAGUAGUUACACAUACUGUAGCUAAGCGAGAAAGAACAUAUUUGUAUCUCCAAAUGAAGGACUGAAAACCAAUCAGUAUCAUUUUACUUCACAGGCUCUGGUUGAACAAACCCAGUGCUCAUACCCUGUAAAACUGACUGUACGUUGAGUGAUUGCUUUGAACUGACUUACUAAACAGAGCUAAUCCACCAUGGCACGUGAACAGGACUACUACACUAUCAUGUAUGGGCUGGAGGAGCUUGAUUUCCAAGGGAAAGCAGUGCCCAGUGAUCUUGUACUAAUAGGUGAAAAUGCCUUUCCACUUGCCAUGAAUCCAAGAGGUCAGGUGCUGAUGGCUGCAUCUCAUUACGGUCACGGACGUGUGGUGGUGUUGGGACAUGAGGAAUACCUAACACACUUCCCUGGCCUGAUAGAGAAUGCCCUGAUGUGGCUCAUGCCAUGUACCGGUGAUGCUGGCAUUGUAGGGAUUCAGAAGAGUUUACAUUCAGUAGCUGGAAACUUGAACUAUUGCCCUAUCAAGACAGAGCUAGGAGACUUUCGGAAUGGAUUAGCUAUAUAUAUCACAGAUGCUUACACUGUCGAGAGCUGUGCAAAGGAUCUGAUUGCUUUCAUCAAAGCUGGGGGUGGCUUGAUCAUUGCCGGCCAGGCCUGGAUAUGGGCUGAAGCCCACCCGCAAGAAAACACUAUAAGGAACUUCCCAGGAAACAAGGUGUGUAGUGUUGCAGGUAUUUACUUCUCGGAACACCAAGGAGAAGUUGGCAUCUUUCCUGUUCCAAGAAACAUCCCUUCUAAUUGGCUUGCUGCAUCUAUAGGCAAGGACUUUAAAGAUGACCUAGAGUUCCUCCUAGAAGGUGUGUCUGAGUUUGAUGUCCAAGGUGGGGCUAUAGCGUCUGAGGUGAUGGUGCACGGACCAUUAGCAUUUCCCAUUGCAGCCACUCCAGCUGGAAAAGCAUUUAUUGCUGGUGCCUAUUAUGGGCAAGGUCGAGUAAUUCUGCUACCACAUGAAGGCUACAUGGGCCGGGACUCUCUGUCAACUUUCCUGAUAAACGCAAUCAAGUGGCUUGAUGAGGAUCGCAAGGGUGUUAUUGGGAUCCUACCCAGUCUAAAGGCAGCCCACACAGUACUGAGCAAAUCUGGUUUAGAUUGCCAGAUGACAGGUUUUAAAGAAGAUCUAAGCGUCUACGUUUGCACUUCAUACAGUGAUGCCCAGUGUGCAGAGAUCCAAGAAUUUGUUUCUGAAGGUGGAGGUCUUAUGAUUGGGGGUCAUGCCUGGUAUUGGGCUCAAACCCACUGUGGCUGCAAUGUGAUGACCGAUUAUCCAGGAAAUCGCAUUCUUAAUAAGAUGGGACUGUGUCUCUUAGGCAGCACCUUUGGUGGAGGGUUAUAUAAAGCCCCAGAAAUAGAGCAUAGGUGUAAAGAGGGGUACCACUUUCGUAGCAUGCUGCAUCGGUUUGCUGAACAUGUAAGCCUGGGGCAAGAACUGACUAAUCAUGAACAGAGCUGCUUGAAACAGCUGGGCAACGAAUGUGCCAGUUACCUUCGCAUGCGAUCUCAUGACAGUGCCGCCUAUACUUCAAUGGUAGCACUUCUUAGUGACAUAGUGAAGGAGGUAGGUGUUCCUCAAGUGUGUAGUAACUGCCCUGUUCAAAGUGCCAAAGACCACCUGAUGCUCCUCGUUGGGACUGAGGUAUACAAAGUGUCACCCGAUCCUGAUGCCCUUUUUCCAUACAUCAUUAAGGUCAGACCUAACUUGCCAACUGUGUCUAAUGCAAGAGUUCGGAUCAGUGCCAACACUGCAGCUUGUGAAGAAUGGAUAAGCACAGGCUUAUAUCUUUCUCCUGGUAUGAAGACGUACAUAGCAGUACCUCCAGAGAUUGUUGGGAAAAAUUGGCAGGUGCAGCUUGGUUGCCAAACAGAUAACAUUGGUGGAUUAAACGUUCUGAAACGGGCUCCUGUGGUCCAUGAGCGAUUCCCUUUGGACACAGAGAUGGUCCAAGUCUGCAAUCUAUGGGGAGGGCUCAUCUACCUAAUAGCACCUCCUCAAAGCAAAGUGGAUAGAGUGGAAAUUGUCGUGCAGGACUCAGUACAGGCUCCAUACUUCAAGUCUGGAGAGACCAGUGUAGCUGACUGGGUGGACAGGAUCCGUCAGGCACCUGCCCCCUGGGCGGAGCUUGAAUUUGAGAACAUCAUCAUAACUUUAGAAGCAGAAUUUAUAAGGAAUCUGGACCGUCCUGAUGAGGUGGCUAAACUUUGGGAUACCAUAAUGAGAAGCAUUGCUGACCUGGCAGCAAGGCCUGACAAGUUCCCCCGUAAGGAGCGGUUUGUUGCAGAUGUUCAGAUCUCUCACGGUUUCAUGCAUGCUGGAUAUCCCAUCAUGAUACAAUCUACCUCUGCCCCAGCACUAGUAAAUGUACAGAAAGCCUAUAAAAGUGGUAUAUGGGGAGCCAUUCACGAGCUGGGUCAUAACCAGCAGUGUAGAGUUUGGGAGUUCCCUCCACACACCACUGAGUGCACUUGCAACCUGUGGUCAGUGUACGUACAUGAGGAAGUGCUGAGUUUGAAUAGGUCUAAUGCUCAUCCAGCCAUGACUCUAGAAAACCGUCAGGCUCGUACCAAGAUGUAUUGCAGUGGCGGUAAGGAUUUGAAAAGCUGGAAUAUGUGGACGGCACUUGAGACUUACAUGCAGCUUCAGGAAAAAUUUGGCUGGGAUGCUUUCAAGAAAGUAUUUACUGCCUACCAUGAUAUGAAUGGAGUGCCAAAAGACAAUGCAGGCAAGAUGAAUCUAUAUGCUGAGACCUUCUCCAAAGUGGUCAACCUGAAUCUUUGCCCCUUCUUCAAAGCAUGGGGUUGGCCCAUCCAGCCCAGCACACAAGAGAAAAUCUCUUAUCUCCCUGAGUGGAGUGACCAUCCUAUGGUCCAGUAUGCAUGAGAACAUCUCAGAUAACUUUUAAUAUGUUUUAAUGUAGAUAUUGGGUCAGAUUAAGUAUAAAAGAUUAUAUAUGCUUAUGUCAUUUGAAAUUAUUAUUUUUUCUCAUUUUGCUUAAGUACAUAGAUUAGCAAUUGAUUCUUAUGAAUGUAAAGCAUAGAAUGUGACUUAAAUUUUAAAUAUUCAGAAUAAGACAUACAGCACUUGUUAUUGGUGGGUAUAAGCUAAGUGGACUAAGGUUAAGUACAACCAGAACAUGCAUGUUUAAAACACAGCAUAUACUAUACAUAAAUACUAAAAACUACUUGUUUUAUGAAGUGCACUUCAAAAAGUCAAUUUAACUUUAUGGCAUUCUAUUUUAUAUUGGUGUAUCUCCCUUUCUUAUCCAAGAGAGUAAAUCAUAAUAUAUUAUUUUAGAAGACUCUGGAUGGUGCAUAAUGUUGAUGUGCUUUGAAAAAACAGAAUUAAGCCCUGUUGCUAAUGCUCAACAGAUUUAAUAAAUUCAAGGGUAACACUUUAUAAUAACUUUCAUUAA